GGAGACAUGGAAAACCACAGCAAGGUAACGCAGUUCCUUUUGGUUGGGUUCAGGUCUCACCCAGGAUCACAACACCUCCUCUCUGUUCUCUUUUCAACGAUGGAUGUUGUCACUGUGCUGGGAAAUGCCUGCAUGAUCCUCGUCAUUAGAAUGGACUCCAAGCUGCACAAUCCCAUGUACUUUUUCCUAGAGAACUUGUCUGUCUUGGACAUCUGCUACUCCUCUGUCAUCACUCCCAAAGCUGUGCUGAUAUUCUCACUGGACAGAAGAAGCAUUUCCUACAAUGGCUGUGCAUCUCAAAUGUUCUUCUUCUCUCUGUUUGGGACAACAGAAGCCUUCUUCCUUGCUGUGAUGGCUUACGACCGCUUCACUGCCAUCUGCAAUCCGCUGCAGUACCAAAUAACUAUGACUAAAAGACUUUGUGUCUUCAUGGUGGUGGGCUCCUACCUGUCAGGCUGCAUCAACUGCACCAUCCAGACAGGCUUUACAUUCAGUUUGUCCUUCUGUGGGCCCAAAGAGAUAAACCACUUCUUCUGUGACGUCCCUGCAGUGAUGCAUACGUCCUGCUCAGACACAGCUGUCAAUGAAAUAGUGAUGCUGGUGGCAUGUGGAUCCAUUAUUGUGGGCACUGCCUUGGUGGUUUUCAUCUCCUACAGUUAUAUAAUCAUCACCAUUGUCCAAAUGUCUUCAGCUGAGAGCAGGUGCAAGGCCUUCUCUACUUGCUCUUCUCACAUGCUGGCUGUCAGCUUGUUCUUUGGGACUGUUUUCUUCAUGUAUGCUCAGCCUGGCGCCACAUCUUCCCCUGACACAAGCAAUGCCCUCUCUAUCCUCUACACUACUGUUAUUCCCAUGCUAAAUCCUUUCAUCUACACCCUCCAAAACAGGGAGGUAAAAGGGUCUCUGAAAAAACAGUUAAAAAGGAAAGGCUUUUUCUAG